AUGCUGACCAGGCNAGCUUCGGGAUCAACUUCGCCCCAGCUCAGCGUUUCCCAUGCUGACCAGGGAGGGUGUUUACAUCCGCACCCCCUGCUCCUCACGCCGGAGUCGUCGCGACAGCACCGGCGGCAAUUGCGACAGCAUCUACCUCACAAGCCCCUGGGCAGAUUGCGGCUGCUGCAGAGAGGGUGCCUGCACACGCACCUCCUGCCCUCCAAGCCGGAAUAGCAGCGGUACCCGCGGCGGCCGCGGAUGCUACCCCUCAAGUCCCCGCCUGGUUCGGCGGCUGCUGGCUGCCCAGACACCCUAUCUCGGAAAGUCCCAGACACCCUAUCUCGGUUGUUUGCGUUCGAUCACCAACAACAGUUGGAAAACAGUUGGAAGCACCGCAACUUGCACCGAUAUGCAGGAAUGUGCCUGAUGACCCUGCACUGCAUACAAAUGUCCCACCACGUCCGUACCAAGUAUCUGCAGAUCGUUUGGAUAACUUGCGACCAGUUCAAAGUGAUCGCCAAGUAUUCGCUGAGAAAUCAGUUUAUAUUAGCGCGACCAACGUAUUUGAAACUGUUAACCGCGAUAUCUUGCGUGAGAAACAUGCGCUUGAAUAUGGCACCUAUGUCGACUACCUUACAAACACUGGCGCCCAAUUACCUGAUAACGAGACAACCACUGCCAUGUCAUACUACUUUGUGCGUGAUGGAUUGUUGUUUAAAACGUAUUUACCAGGCUACCUCCGGAAACGUAGUACGUUUAGUGACCAAUUAGUGUUGCCUCAGUCAGGCCCUUACCGGACUAGUGCUGCACGCCUAUCACGACCACGUAUUAUCUGGAGGCCACUUAGCGUCUAGACCGACUUAUGAGAAGAUCCGCCAGAAAUACUGGUGGCCAACCAUGAAUCGGGACGUCCGUACUUGGUGUGAACAAUGCCAAGCUUGUCAACGUCGAAAAACAGCCCACAAUCGAAACAAAUUACCAACGGGACAUGUACCAUACAAAGACCGUUCGAACGCAUUUCGGUUGACCUAGUUGAAUAUCAAGUAGAAUUAGUUUCAGCCGCCGGGGUACGGUGCAUAUAUGUCCUA